GAGCCGGGGCCGGUAACAAAGAGCGGCGCUCGGCCGUGCCAGCCCGCCGCCCCGGGCAGCCGCUGAAGGUGCGAGAAAUGGGCUGCGGGGUGCCCGGUCACCGACGAUGCGGGCUCUUUUCUUGUAGUAACGUUAGCAGCCGCUUCGCAACACGUGCGGCCGCGUGCAGGCCUGUUUCUUCUUACAGUUCUCUUACCAAAAAAAUCUUAGUUUUAUCUCUUCCGUUAAUAAGCUGCGUAGAAACCAUCACCAGGCACCACGUAACUCUUUAAUAGAUGAGUAGGCAAGACAUCGAAGUAUGUCUCAGAUGGUGUGAUCGACCCUGGAAUGGUGAAAAGCAACAACCUGGGUGUGAAAGUUGCUGAGUCAGAAGUGGAAACCAAAGAAAAAGGAACUGAGGAAGAAUCCACAAGGGAGUCUGAAAGUAACAUUUUGGAUGUUUCGUCUGAUUAUCCAAGAGAGAAACAUAUUUCCAUUCAAAGACAGCUUGCUGAACUAGAGAAACUAGCUGACCUGAAUGAAGGUGAGUUUACCUUGGCAGUAUACCAGAACACAGAUCUUCAUGUUACAGAUGAAAAGAAGCCUUGUCCAUUGUGUCCUGAGGAGAAAUUCAAAGCUUGCUAUGGUCAUAAACUCCAUCGUCACCUCCAGAAUUUGCACUGGAAAAUUUCUGUUGAAUUUGAAGGGUACAGAAUGUGCAUCUGCCACUUACCUUGUCGUCUAGUAAAGCCAAACCUCGUUGGAGACCAGACAUUUUCAAAGAUGGGAGCCCAUUACCAUUGCAUUAUCUGUUCAGCAACUAUCGCUCGGAGAACUGACAUGAUAGGGCAUAUUAAUCGUCACGUGAAUAAAGGAGAAACUGAAUCAAGGUUUAUUACAGCUCCUGCUCCCAAGUCAUCUCAUGAAGUGCUGAAAGAGUCAGACACAGAUGUGCAGGUUCUUCCCAACUACUCCACACCGCAAAAAACAGAUUCCUAUUUUAACCCCAAAAUGAAACUGAACAGGCAAUUGAUAUUCUGUGCACUAGCUGUUUUAGCUGAAGAGCGUAAACCAAUAGAAUGUUUGGAUGCAUUUGGUGCCACUGGUAUAAUGGGAUUACAGUGGGCAAAGCAUCUCAGAAGUUCCGUGAAGGUUACAAUUAAUGAUUGUAAUGAAAAUUCUGUGACAAUGAUUCAGGAAAACUGCCAUUUAAACAAAAUGAAGGUGAAACUGAACACUAAGGAAGAAGACAAUGACGAAGCUUUGGGAGGUGGAGAACAAAAUACUGACACCAUUGAGGUGACAAAAAUGGAUGCCAAUGUUAUAAUGCAUAUGAGAUCAUUUGAUUUUAUACAUUUGGACCCAUUCGGAACUUCUGUGAAUUACCUGGAUUCUGCCUUUAGAAAUGUGAGAAAUCUUGGAAUCGUGUCCCUGACAUCCACAGACAUCAGUUCUCUGUAUGCAAAGGCUCAGCACGUUGCCCUGCGUCAUUACGGAUGUAACAUUGUCCGAACAGAGUACUACAAGGAGCUGGCGGCCAGAAUAGUAAUUGCUGCUGUGGCAAGAGCUGCAGCUCGCUGUAACAAAGGCAUUGAAGUUUUACUUGCAGUAGCUCUAGAGCACUUUGUUCUAGUAGUGGUCAGAGUUUUAAGGGGACCAUCUCCUGCGGAUGAUUCAGCAAAGAAAGUAAGAUACCUCAUCCACUGCCAGUGGUGUGAAGAGAGAAUUUUUCAGAAAGAGAGUAAUAUGGUAGAAGAAAACCCUUAUCAGCAGCUGCCUUGUGAUUGUCACGGCAGUAUGCCUGGGAAGACAGCAGUAGUUCUUGGUCCCCUCUGGUCAGGAGCCCUUUUUAAUACUGGAUUCCUCAGAAGAAUGCUGUUUGAGGCGGUCCAAUAUGGCUUAGAUGAAACUCAGCCGCUUUUGAAGACGUUAGUUUGUGAAGCUGAGUGUACAACUUUAAAGAAUUUUUCUACCCAUAGUCCUUACGAUGAGAACAAACAAGAAGAGUGUGGCGUAUAUAUUAAAACACCAGAUACUUCAGCAGAAUCCUGCGUGUUACACGGAAAAAGAAAAAAUAGUGAAGUGGUGCGAAAUGCAGCCAAGCGACAAAAAUCUGACAACAGUGCUGAGCACCCUGCAUUCUACUACAAUAUCCACAGACACAGUAUUAAAGGAAUGAACAUGCCAAAGUUAAAUAAGUUCUUAAACUAUCUUUCUGAAGCUGGAUACAGAGUAAGUAGGACCCACUUUGAUCCUAUGGGAGUUCGCACGAAUGCGCCCUUGGCGCAAUUUAAGACUAUCCUUGUGAAGUACAGCACUCCCACAUACACCGGGGGGCAGGCAGAAGGCCCUCUCCAUCUCACUGAAGAUGUCCACAUGGGAGACCAGGUUCCAGCUGCUGCAGAUGGCAAAGCAGGAGAUGCUGAAUUUCUGGAAGAUACUAAAUCUGGAGACACUGCCACCAUGUUCACAAACGACUGCUCUACUCACUGUGCAGCUGAUUAAUGCAAAUCGUCUUGGUCAGGACUUGGCAACUACACCCUGUUUGAGUACACCCAUACUUCUUACAGAAAGAACUGCAUUUUGACAGUUUGAAGCACCUGCUAUUUUCAUUUGAGAAGACAGUUUAGAAUUAUGUAGCAGAAUUUACCACUGAACACAGCGUGUGUGGUCAAGGUACUCUUGCUGUGGGAAUGUCUCUAGACAGUUCUUUCACGCUCACAUCCACUUUUACACCAAGGCAUUGUGGUUACCCCCAGGUCUUUGUACAGCCUUAUUCAAACUGCUAGAACAGAAUCCAGAAGAGUGGAUGGGGCCAAAAGUCUUAAGUGUUUCUGAACAUAAGCUUAGUAUAAAAUGGACUACCAUUCCUAAACCCUGACCUGUUAGAAAUCAGAGGGAGGUCAUGUUAAGAUGGUACAAUAGUACAGAAUGAAAUGUGAUGUGAACUGAAGCAAGCAAGAAAUUGCUAACUCAGUGCCCUUCUAGCUCCACAUUGCCCGUGUAAUUCGGCCUUCAGUUCCAAUUUUGUAGUUCUACCUACAGGCAAGAUCCUAACACAAGUGAGAACAGAAAGGAAUGGUUACAAAACUGUUACAUAAACUUCAGUUCUUAACCAAACUUCAGUGAUUUGUGUUUAGUCACACUAGGUAAUUGUCAGAGAUUAAAUUUGGUUGUAUACCACGAGAAGGAACAGUGACCAGACACAAGUUGAAGUUCUGGAAAAAUAUGUUCAUAAUACAAUCUUUGCUGUUAAAAGAUCUCUUCAGUGAAUGAGCAAAGAUGCAGUGUGUUGGUAGUCAUUUCUGAUUUCCUUAAAUAUAUGGCAGCAUUCCAGCCAAA